GCCUCAGAUAACUGUACAUGUGAUGAUAAAUUUUUAUUUUAUAACUAUUCGUUUUAAAUUUCACAAAAGUCAUGAAUUUUCUCGUAACGCUCGUCCUUCUCAUUUCAUCUUCUAUUACAACCUGCGAUUUGUACUAUGACUUUUUGGUUAAAUCCAUUAUUGGUGGGAAAGUUGCCGAUAUAAAUCAAGUGCCAUACAUGGCAGCUAUUUUUCAUGACGGAAACUACAGAUGUGGAGCUGUCAUUAUAGACAAGUUAUGGCUUAUAACUGCCGCACAUUGUGUUCAAGAAUUGCAAUCAGGUUAUACAGUUCGGUUAGGAACAUCUCAGAAAUAUUAUGGCGGCGAAGAACACAAAAUUGAUAAAGUGAUAAGGUAUCGUGAAAAAUAUAGCCGACGAGAUGAUACAGGUUAUAAUGAUGAUAUUGCUUUAAUAAAGUUAGAUCGACCUAUUGAAAUGAAAGAGACAAAAAGUGCAAUUCCUUUGGCAAAAAUUGAUGAUGAUUUAUCAACUGGUAGUCAAAUACAAAUUUCCGGCUUUGGAGUUACUAAUGAAAAUGGAAUUGGCUCGACAGUUCUGAGGACUGCUUUUGUUCCAGUGGUAGAGGAGGAUGAAUGUAAAAAAAUCUAUUCUCUAGAUCCCCUGAGCGAUCGUGUAUUUUGCGCUGGAUACAUGGAAACUGGAGGAGUCGAUAGUUGCUUUGGUGACUCCGGUGGUCCAGCAGUUUUAAAUGGGAAACUGAUAGGAAUUGUAAUGGGAGGAGAUGGUUGUGCUCGUCCUGGAUAUCCCGGAAUUUAUACAAAAAUAUCUGCCUUCUACGACUGGAUCAUGAAAAAUAUGGGUCAUUCUAAACAUCACGAAUGACGACAAAUUUUAACCUUAAUACUCUAUCCAAUAUUAUUAAUAUUCAUAUUUCAAAAAUUAUUUUCAAAAAAAAAAAAAAAAAAAUGCGUUUAAACAUUAUACUGUAAAGAAAAUGUAAAAAAGCUCUGA